AAUUCAUCGAGACUUUUGCACAUCAGCUCACACAGCCAAGCUUACCAAUUAAACCAUGUGGAAACGAUUAUGGUCCCAACCAUGGGCUAGAACGGUGGUCAAGUACUCCGUAGUAUCAGGUGGUGCUGUCGGUGCCGGUAUAAUCUAUUUAGAUUACAUACAAGCCCGCAAACCUGCUGCGAUACUGAUACCUCACGCACCAUUAAAGAAAGAAUGUCCUCCACCUCCAUCAAGAAGCGAAUUGCUUGAAACUUUAGAUAAGAAAUUCGAUGUCUUGGUCAUCGGUGGUGGUGCCGUUGGUACCGGUACUGCCUUGGAUGCAACCACUCGUGGAUUGAAUGUUUGUCUUUUGGAAAAAAGUGAUUUUGCAUCAGGAACAUCAUCAAAAUCAACCAAAUUGGCUCACGGUGGUGUUCGUUAUUUGGAAAAAGCCAUUUUUCAAUUAUCCAAGGCCCAAUUAGAUUUAGUCAUUGAAGCUUUAAGUGAAAGAAGUAACAUGUUGAAAGUUGCUCCUCAUUUAGUCACCAUUCAACCUAUUAUGGUUCCAGUUUACAAAUGGUGGCAAGUUCCUUACACUUACAUCGGAUGUAAGAUGUAUGAUUGGUUUGCUGGAAGCCAAAGUAUCGCUAACUCGAGAAUUUUCGGUGCUUCCCUUACUAAAGCCACUGCUCCUAUGAUGGAUAACGAAAACUUGAAAGCUUGUUGUAUUUAUCAUGAUGGUAUUUUCAAUGAUGCUAGAUUCAAUGCUAGUUUGGCAAUCACCGCUAUUGAAAAUGGAGCUACUGUGUUAAAUUAUAUGGAAGUUGAUCAAUUAUUAAAGGAUGAAUCUGGAAAAAUUAUCGGUGUUCGUGCUCAUGAUAGAGAAACCAAUAAGUCAUAUAAGGUUCAUGCCACUGCUGUUGUCAAUGCCACGGGUCCAUUUGUUGAUAAGUUUUUGGAAAUGGAUGAAAGUCCUGAAGGCUUACCACCAAAGGAAGAACGUGCUCCAAGAAUGGUUGUUCCUUCAACUGGUACUCACGUUGUUUUACCUGAACAUUAUUGUCCUAAGGAAUAUGGUUUAUUAGAUCCAAACCCAGUUGACGGUCGUGUUAUGUUUUUCUUGCCAUGGCAAGGUAAAGUUCUUGCUGGUACCACUGAUGAAGGAUUAAAAUAUGUUCCAGAAAACCCAGUUGCCACUGAGAAAGAUAUCAGCCUUAUUAUGAGCGAAUUACAAAAGUACCUUGCCUUCCCAGUUCGUAGAGAAGAUGUCUUGUCAGCAUGGGCCGGUGUCAGGCCAUUGGCUAGAGAUCCAUCUACUAUUCAACCAGGGCAAGAAGGUUCUACCGAAGGUAUUGUUCGUUCCCAUUUGCUUACCCAAAAUCCAACUUCAGGAUUGAUCACUAUUACCGGUGGUAAGUGGACUACCUAUAGAGAAAUGGCACAAGAAACCGUUGAUCUUGUCGUUAGCAAAUUCAACUUCAACAAGGUGAUCAAACCUUGUCAAACCAGAAAUAUUCAAUUGAUUGGAGCCCAAGAUUAUUAUGCCAACUAUGCAUCUCAAUUGAUUCGUGAAUAUAAUAUUCCAACCAAAUUGGCCAAACAUUUGGCAGGUAACUAUGGUACCAGAGCACCUUUAAUUUUGGAGUUAUACAAGCUCAACGACUUUAAUAGGUUACCAGUAGCCUUGGCUGCAACCAAGCGUUAUAAUAUUUCGGAAGCUGAAACCUCCCCAGACUCCCUAUUGAACUUUGAAGCCUUCGAAGAACCAUUCACUGUUGCUGAAUUAAAGUACAGUAUCAAAUACGAAUACACCAGAACCCCACAAGAUUUCUUGGCCAGAAGAACCAGAUUGGCUUUCUUGAAUGCUAGAGAAGCUUUCAAGGCUAUUGAUGGUGUCACUGAAGUCAUGGCACAUGAAUUCAAAUGGGACAAGAAGACCACUGAAAAGAUGAAGAACGAUGCUGCUGAAUAUAUUAGUCGCAUGGGCCUUAUUCCUGCAACUAAUUGAACUCCCUUAACUUAUUGUAUAGAAUGAUUAAUAAAGUAAUACGUAU